CGCUUCAGAUGGUUGUGGUAAACAGUGCCUUCCUUCCAGCAUCUCAUUAGAUCCCGCUGUAGCCCAGCUAUAGGUGAAGCAGCCUCUCUCUGCCAUACUGAAGCAGGUGUCCAACAUGGCGAACGCUGGCAGCGGCUCUCCCGCGACUAUUCUCUUUUUAUUCCUGUUUCCAGCGGCUCUACACAAAGGAGCUGCUCAGGACAUAGUUGUGAGUCAGAACCUGGUGACAGACAAUGUGUCCGUGGUGGAGGGGGAGAUGGCCAUCAUCAGCUGUCGGGUGAAGAACAACGACGACUCCGUUAUCCAGCUGCUCAACCCCUACAGACAGACCAUCUUCUUCAGAGACAUGAGGCCUCUGAAAGACGCUCGCUUCCAGCUGGUGAACUUCUCAGACAACGAGCUGCGGGUGUCGCUGUCCAACGUCUCGCUGUCAGACGAGGGUCGAUAUGUUUGCCAGCUCUACACCGACCCCCCGCAGGAAGCCUACGCCGACAUCACCGUGCUCAUUCCUCCAGGUAACCCCAUCAUCGAGGCUCGCGAUGAGGUCCUGAGUGAGGGCAACGACACAGAAAUGACCUGCACCGCCAUGAGCAGCAAGCCGGCCGCCACCAUCAGAUGGAUGAAGGGAGAUAAAGAGCUCCCAGGAAAGCCCAAAGUUGAACUGACCUACGAUAAGAUGUACACGGUGACCAGCCGGCUGACGUUCACCGUCAGCAGGGAGGACGACGGUAUUCCUGUGGUCUGCAUCGUGGACCACCCUGCAGUCAAGGACUUCCAGGCACAGAGAUACCUGGAGGUGCAGUACAAACCAGAGGUGAAGAUCGUGGUAGAAUUUCCUCAGGGUUUGACCAGGGAAGGAGAGAACCUGGAACUGACGUGUCAAGCCAAAGGCAAACCCCAGCCACAGCGGGUGAACUGGCUGAAGGUGGAUGACGAUGUUCCAUCUCACGCCGUCAUCACCGGCGGAGACCUUUACAUCGAAAACCUAAACAAGUCCUACAAUGGAACCUACCGUUGUGUGGCGUCCAACUCAGUGGGAGAGUCUUUUGACGACUACAUCCUCUACGUCUAUGAUGCUCCCACCACUACCCCUAUACCCACCACAGCCACCACCACCUCCACCACCAUCUCCACCACCAUCUCCUCCCCCGAAGACGCUCCAGACACUGCGCCCAGCACUGAACCUGCAGCUCAUGAUUCUCGAGCUGGAGAAGGAGCUCCCAGAACGGUGGACCAUGCAGUCAUCGGAGGAGUGGUGGCCGUCGUGGUGUUCGCCAUGCUCUGUCUACUCAUCGUCUUGGGACGCUACUUUGCGAGACACAAAGGUACCUACUUCACACAUGAAGCCAAAGGAGCAGACGAUGCAGCGGAUGCAGAUACAGCCAUCAUCAACGCAGAGGGCGGCCACACCAACUCGGACGAAAAGAAGGAGUACUACAUCUAAUCAAACAGGACCCCUCACUCUAGUGUCCUCCUUUGGACACUGAGCUGUUUUUCUGGGGAUGGGGGGCAGGAGGACGAGGUGGGGGUUGAUGGAGGGUUUAGUGAGAGUAGAGGGGUCAAGGAGAGAGGCGUGGGUUUUAAAGGAAGGCCUGGUUUUAACCCGUUGUUUAGUCUAGUCUGCAGAUGUAGAUGGAAUGUUUUGUGUGUUUAAAAAAAAAAAAUCAAAAUCAAAAAAGGACAAAAAAUGUUGGGGGUCCGGGGUUUUCGGUAACGGGGGUCAGGUCGGGGGUGGGAGGGUUCCAGAAAUCACUGUAGAGAGCUUCACCAUUCGACACCUCCCUAACUGCUGGUACGAAUUUUAUUUAGUUCAACCAUUUGCAGAAAAUUCUGUGCCUUGUUCUAAAUGUUUUGGUUCUGUCCAUACUUUGCAUUUGUGUUGAUCAUCGUUCGCAUAACCUCGUUGCUCCCGUCUCAUCUCCCCACUCGUAAUUAUCAACGUGCUGUUGGCUUUUGUAUGAGGGUAAAAUUACACAGCCACUUUAUUCACUUUCUCUAAAUGUGUCGGCACACAUGCAUCCUCUCCCGCAUAACAGAAACUCUUUCCAAGUAUACUGUGAUUUGUCUCAAGCCAUUACUUCCCUCUCUUUUCCCUCAACUUUUGACAGCUCCAACAAUGCAUGGAAUGCUUUACAUAUCAUUGUACAAUGGACAUAAAUGAGAGACGGGUUGGUUGUACUGGACCCCGACCACCACACAUAAUCAAAAAGAAGGCAGCAAAGGAAAAUGGAUCUUUACAUUCUAUCAGGCAAAUUCCAUUUUAAAUCCAUUUCAGAGCCUCAGUUUGUUGCUCAGAGCAGCUCUACCACUCUACUACUGUUACCUUUCUCAGUAAAGAGAAGGAGUGUAUUGUUUUCCCCAGCAUGCUGCCAUUUCAUUAUUUUGAUUUCUUCCUCUGUUUGGUUUUAUUUUUCUUCCAUUAGGCUGAGUGGAGAGCCUGUUUUCCCACCGGCUUUUAUUGAGUUGUAAUGAUGAGUUUCAAUUGAUUUCCAUCUGCUUUCACCCCAGAAUAUUUUUUCUUACAAAUGGGAAAGUAGGAAAAUGUAAAUUGUCUUAAAACUGUUUUUUGGCACAUCCUCGGUAGUAAAAAGGCUUGGAGGGAGAAAAAUAUUUGGUGUUAAUAUUGGCCAAUCAGCAGCCAAAGGAUGCUGGUGUAGUGUACAUAACUUUACAGAGAGGAGAAAACAGCCUUAACCAAACUCCAAGCAUUCAAAUUUAAGUUAGGAACAUAUGAACAUGAAAAUCAAUCACAGCGGUGCAGGUCCUCCCAUUAGCGGUCCAUCACAGACACACUAUCCAAUGGAAUCACAACUGUAUUGUACACUAAUCCUUACUAAGAAAUAUUUUUUACAACUUACUAGAAUUACAAUGGAGUACCUUUGUGGAUUUUAUUGUAUCGCGCUCGUGAGUUUUGUCAAACUGUAAAUCAAAGGAAACGUCUUCUAACUGAAAUGCUCUGAGAGACAGGCCUCCAUCACACAUCUGAAUAUUUAUGGUUUCGCUUGGAUGCAGCAGCGUUUGAGCCCUUAAAUGUUUGGUAUCGUUUGCAUGUAUGUGCGUGCCGAAGCCCAUUCUUUUUGCUUCUCUAUCUUGCUUUCUGCAUCAUCUGCCAAAACUGAACUGGAGUCUGUUUUGCUGUGCCAGCUGGGGAGCACUGAGGAUGCCAAAAGUAAUUAAUUGUCUGUAACAUAACUUAAUACAUGUGUUGUUGCUCCAUGGUGUUUAUCCAUGGUCUGCGUUAAUGCCCUGGCUCCUUAACAUGGUAGUGUGGGUCUACUGGCGGCGGUGCUUGUCAUUAUUAUGUGUUCACACAGCAAGCAGCUCGCUUAAUGAGUCCUUUCUCUAUGUGACAGCUGUGAGGUCACAGUUUUUCACCUCCAAAGUUUGAAACAGUGAAAGUGUGAAUAUCUCAUCGGGAACAUUUUAUCAAUGCAGCUGGUAAACAUAUGGUCAACCCAACCAUUCCUCGGCUGUUAUUGGAGAAAGUACUUAUCCCUGAGGUUUUUAGAAUGUAAGUUAAAACACCAGAAUCAAUAUGGCAACUGAAACAUAUCAAUAUCAACAGAAGUGACAGUUAUUUAUAAAGUUUGUCCAUCAUCUGCACAGAGUUAAAUGUAAAAGCAGAAGCAGAAUUUCAUCUUUACAGAGUUUAAUAUGCCACAAAAUUAAAAGUUUCCCAGUUUUGUUUUGAACAUUUAGGCUAUAUUAAGUUUAGAAAAACACAUUUUAUGCAAAUGAGAAUUCUUUCUGAGUAUUAAUCAUCUCAUAUCAAUUUAAUCAUUCUAUGAGUUAAUAUUAUUAUUAAUUGAUAUUGUUAUUGAGUUAGUUGUUUACACUGCAUGUUGAUGAGCAGACAAGGUGUCGAACUUUACAGGACAUAAAAGAGCGGUGUAGCUACCUGAAUCAGAAUUUUGUCAGUCGAACCAGAUUUGGCCGUUCAUUACAAUGAUAUAAAAUAAUGGUUCACCAUUUCCACAGUUCCCAUUAAUUGUCUGUGUCAGGAUCCGUGCACUUCGUUCUGCUAGCUCGACACUGGGUUUCCAGAGACGCGUGUCCCUCAUUUGCAUAAAGUUGAGGUCCAGACUACUUCAUGCAAACUCGACAAUCCCGGAAACUCCAAAAACAUUUUUAAACUAAUUGUUGUUGAGCUAAAACUAAAACUGAUGCACCUCAGAAACUAAUUUUUGUGAUUUUUUUCUUUGAGGGUUUCUGUGUUGGUCCUUUUUGACAUCCAGGAGCAGACAAGUGAAAGUGUUGAUCCAAUCAGGUGCAGCCGGUGUUUCCACGGCUCCAUGAAGGUGUAGCUUGUUUAGGUUUCCUGUUUCAGGGAUGGAAAGUACAUAUCAACCAUCCUGCCACCACUCAGUCAUAAGAACGUUAAGCGUCCAGUCAUGGUACUUGUCCACUGGCAUGUUUUUGGACGCGAGGGACAACACUUGAUCGGCACAAGAGAUGUUGUCCUCUCCUGCUAUAACAAUGACGAAAGAUUUCUCUAAAUCCCCAUGACACAUAUCAGCAUCGGUCAGCUCCACUGAUUAAACUGACAGAACCUCAACACUACUUCUACUGCCACCCUAUUUGAGAUCUUUGAGACUUAGUGGUGUCGCUUGCUGUGUGGACACUCACAGCUGUGAUUCAGUACUUGAUUGCCACGUUAAAGCAUUUGAUUAGAUUCUGUCAACUCAGAUUGCAACACAGUACCAAUGUGAUAGCUUUAAUACAUCAUGGUCAUCAUGCAUGAAGACAGCAUUCAGUCUUUCCAUACUGAGAGUUUGGGGUUUAAGGUUGUCGUGAGGCGUUAGUCAAGGUUCUUGUAAAAUGCAUUGUGCAAAUUUCCCUUUCUUGAGCUUAGUGCAUCUGUGCUUUUUAAAUGUUUGUUUUUAAUUUGCAUUUUUAGAACACAGCAUGUGGGCUGGGUGGAGCGGUGGUUAUGUUUAUGUUUUUUAGCUUUUCAUUGGGUAUGGCAGUUGUAGAUGGGAGUUACAGGAGGGAUGUUGUAGAUGAAGAUCGAAGAUGCUGUGUCCACCUCUCUCCAUCUGUACCUUCUGUUCAUAGUUGAGUUUAAAAAGUUCACAAAGGAAUCACCACUGAGUUAGCACUGUAUGCUGAUGACACUGUUUUGUGUGUGUGUGUGAAUGGAUGGGUGGGGGUGGGCUGGGGUACCGAUUAGGUUAGAUGUUUCACGGUCUGGUGUCUGAUGAAAACUAUUAACCGACUUGUUAUCGUUGCUUUAUGAAUCACAGAGCAGAUGUCACUUCAUCUGUAAGACUGAGAUUGUGUGAUUUGUAUUUUACAGUGGGCACUAUUUGGCUUCAGUGACAUGUGGCAGCUUCCAUUUAAAUCAGACUUCAAAAUAUGUACUUGCCAAUAAAGGAAUAGAACUGAAUAUUGUCUUCUCCCUUAAGGCUGUUACAUUAAUAUUUUAUUUGUGAAUAUGAAACCUUCCAUGGUCUGCAGUGGUCUGCAGUGUUUUUUUUCCUGUGAGAGUUUUUGGUCCCCCACAGUUCCAAUAGGAAGAGCAACAAGAACAAAACAACAUAAAAAAUACAUUUGAGUAUCUUUAAUUUUUUUCAAAAUUUGAAGUAGGUUAUUGUGAGUGUCUUUUUUAUUUUAAAAUCAAUGCCCAGUGAUGUUUUAAAACAUGGACCAUGGCUUUCCAGUGUAACCGAGGUAGUUUUCUCCACAUUCGAUUCUUUUGAUAACGUCCUGUCUCAGGUUCAUGCGUUGCUGACCGAUGUGACUGCAUCUCAGGUAGAAUGCAAAGUUUAGGCCCCACUUAUCGACAACACGAAAGCAAGUACAAUGCAUUCAUUCAAAUCAAGUGCGACACAUUAUUUUAGGUCCAAGAAGCAAAAUUGGUGAGAUAUUUUGAAUAUAUGUUGUACAUGUUUUAUGUAUUUUUCUUAAUAUUUGGUGCACUGUAAAAGAUGUGUUAAGUAUUGCUUCGUGCUGACAUAGGUCAUAAAGAGUACAAUGUUUAUUGGAAUGAAGCAGGAUCAGAAACUCGUCGUGGCUGUACUACUGUCACUUUCAAUGCACCACCGCCUUUUGAAACUCUGAUUCCCAAAAAGUUUUGAUUGUUUCACCAGUCAUUGUUUUCAGAUUGAUUCUGUUUGUCUCUCUGCUGUACUUGGGAAAUGUUAAUGUGUAUUAAUGGAGAAAAGGAGUUCCACAUUCCCAUACACAUUUUGUAUUGGUUCAUAAAUAGACAUUUUUACAAAACAAUGACGAGUUCUUGUCUUAAUAAAAGAGAAAAGAUAUUAAUGUCCAAAAUAA